AAGGGGUAUUGUGUACGUGUUGGCAAGCCUGCAUGCAGCUGUCAUGUGACCACAACUCACGAGCCGAUUGAGUAUCACAGGCAACACCUCCGUGCCAGGCCUCUCUCACUCCCCUUCCCAUUCAUCUCCCUGUCUUUUGAACAUACCAAAGAGUGGCUGAGUGAAAUGGCUGAGAUAGUACAGGAUCCAUCUAUUCUCUGCCUUUUUGAUGUGGAUGGAACACUAACACCACCAAGACAGAAAAUUGAUCCCAAGACUGAUAGAUUCCUCCAGUCACUGAGACGCAAGGUGAAGAUUGGUUUGGUGGGAGGAUCUGACUACUCCAAGAUUGCAGAACAGCUGGGAGACGGUGAUGAUGUAAUCCACAAAUAUGAUUAUGUGUUUGCGGAAAAUGGGACAGUGCAAUACAAGGAUGGAAAACUUAUUUCAAAACAGGCAAUCCAGAACCAGUUGGGGGAGGAUCUACUGCAGGACCUGAUCAAUUUUUGCCUCAGCUACAUUGCUUUACUUAAAUUGCCCAAGAAAAGGGGUACAUUCAUAGAAUUCAGAAAUGGAACACUAAAUAUUUCUCCCAUUGGUCGAAGCUGCACCCAAGAAGAAAGAGUAGAAUUCUCAGAAAUUGACAAGAAAGAGAAGAUCAGGGAAAAGUUUGUUGCUGCUCUCCAAAGGGAAUUUGAAGGAAAGGGCAUUCGGUUUACAAAAGGUGGAAUGAUUAGCUUUGAUGUUUUCCCUGAAGGCUGGGACAAACGGUAUAGCCUUGAUGUUUUGGAAGGUGAAGGCUUCAAAACAAUUUACUUCUUUGGAAAUGAAACGGCACCAAUGAGAGAUCAGCCUACAGCUGGCAGUCUGCCUUAAUACACCAAGGACAUGAACGUGGGGACGUGAGCAUUGGUUGUACCGCAUGGUGGCAUACCGGGCUUAUGUGCUAUGGAUUUUUGAAAAUCGAAGACUGGGACGUAGGAACAGAGUUGUAAUUCUGGCAUGUGUAGCGUCACGUACACGACAAAAAUUUCCUGAAGACGACAACGAAUAUGUCGGUUUCCUGCCUUUUGAAGGGUUUUGGGUAUACCCGGAGUAACUGACAUACAUUGGUGUAAUGGAAGUUGAAUGACUAUUCAGUGUCUAUAAUGGACACUGGAGCAUUAUGUUUCUCUGCUAUAAGGAUGUCUGAAAGUGUAACAUGUCAUGUGCUUGUCUAUGGCAAUAAAAGUUAGAAUUCUUUGGAAA